AAUAAUAUUGUUGUAGUUGACUUGGGUUAGGAUUUCAGAGAGACUGAGCAUUUUCCAUUGAAAAGUGGUUACCAGUAGUUACAGGUGGCCAUGUUGGGUAGAGUCAACAGCACACAGCCUUUGUGGGCAGGUGUGUUACCUGUGGCUCCCUCAGGAAGCACUUCCCCGGGACUCAGACACAAUGAAUCAGACGACGGAAAAGAUCAUGAAAUAGUUUUUCUCGUCAAUUCAGCCAAAACCCGCCUCUUGUUUUUGAGAGGUAGAGCCGCACUUCAGUCCCCGCACUUGGUUGAUUUAUUUCUUUUUUCUUUUCUUUUUUUUUUGGGUGGCAGACGGAGGGGAAGUGCUUCCUGAUAAUAAAGAGGUGCGUCUUAUUUCCAUUCCAGUGAUUGACUGCGCAGGGCUUUCACCGCCGGAGCUGGGGGCACUGACGCAUUGUGGAGUCGACAGGGGGGGGAAGCACUGCAAACCACCGGCUUCGCUACAACGCAACGGAGGCAUCUAUCGGCGAAACCGCGAUGGCCGUGGUGCAGCUCGACACGGGGGACCAUCAACCGGAGAACGGCUUCGUGUCCCCCGAAACCACGUCGCCGGGGCUGCUGACACGCAUCGACGGUUCUGUUCUGCCGUUUCUCGGGGGAUUUGGGAAGUACCAGAAACAGCUGAUCGUGCUGACAUGGAUCCCGGCGCUGUUUAUUGGAUUCAGCCAGUUCUCUGACAAUUUCCUCCUCGCCCAGCCAAACAACACAUGCGUCCAACCUUUGGCGAACCUGACUAUUUCUAAUCAGACCGUGGGUCAUUCCUCGUUGUUGGACGGUCCAAAAAACAUCAGCGCGCGGCUGGCUUACAGUCACGCCAACGGGAGCACCCACAAUGACACGAUCAACACGCAGUGUAGGUGCAGCGAGUGGACAUUCGAGCUGCACACGGGACUUGUACAGAACGUGGUUACCAAGUGGAGUCUGGUGUGUGACUCAGCAUGGAAAGUCCAUAUUGCAAAGUUCUCUCUGUUGGUGGGAUCCAUCUUUGGAUACCUGGUGUUUGGAAUCCUGGCCGACUGGUUUGGCCGCCACCCGGUGCUGAUCAUAUCGGUGCUGUUCAUGCUGGUGUUUGGUCUGACUGUGGCCUUCUCCGUCAACGUCCCCAUGUUCAGCACCCUGCGCUUCUUUGAGGGCUUCUGCCUGGCAGGGAUCACCCUCUCCCUCUACGUCCUCAGGAUCGAGCUGUGCAUGCCAGGAUGGCGCUUUUCCAUGACCAUGGUGGCCAGUUUUGUGGUGUUGGGCGGUCAGCUGCUGAUGCCCGGUGUGGCCUACCUCUGUCGUGAUUGGCAGGUACUCCAGGCUGUUAUCAUCUGCCCCCUACUGCUGAUGCUGUCCUACAUCUGGAUCUUCCCUGAGUCACUGCGUUGGUUGCUGGCCACUCAGCAGUAUUGCCGCUCCAAGUGGAUCAUGGGACACAUAGCAGAGAAAAACAGAGUGAAUAUGGAGCUCGACACAGAUAACAUCCUCACAGAACUGCAGAGAGCUCUUCAAAAGAAGCCCAAAAAGACGUGCAUCGUGAAAAUGGUCGGGACAAGAAACCUGUGGAAAAACAUUGUUGUGCUCUGUGUCAACUCGCUAACAGGCUACGGGAUCCACCACUGCUUUGCCCGCAGCAUGAUGGACCCCGAAGCCCAGGAAACCACCAUGUUCCAUAACUUCUAUGCAGACUAUUACACCAUGGCGGGCAUCGCGGUGGCGUCCUGCAUGGCGCUGUGCCCAGCCGUGGGUCUGAUGGGCCGGCGGGGGGGCCUCCUUAUGUUCAUGAUCAUCACUGCCCUAGCAUCUCUGCUGCAGCUGGGCCUGCUCAACUUGCUGGGGAAAUACAGCGGCCAUCUGAAUAUAGAUAGCUCAGGUACGCUGAAUAAGAACUUCUCCAUUGCCUUCUCCAUCAUUGGCAUGUUCUCCUCCCACGCAGUCAGCAACCUGAGCAUCUUCUUCUGUGCUGAGAUCACACCUACUGUGAUCAGGGGUGGUGGUCUGGGCUUGGUGCUAGCCAGCGCUGGCUUCGGCAUGCUGACUGCACCCAUUAUGGAGCUCCACAAUCAGAAGGGCUAUUUCCUUCACCACAUAAUCUUUGCCUGCUGCACCCUCAUCUGCAUCAUCUGCAUUCUCCUGCUGCCAGAGACCCGCUACCAGCCCCUCCCCGAGACUCUGGCUGACGGCGAGAGCUACACUCGUCAACCCCUCCUUCCCCCGAGGAAACCUGGAGAACAGCGCCUCUUGCUGGCCCAAUCUGAGAGCAGCAGGGACUAUACCAGGGUGCACGAUACGCCACUCCAUGAGGCGGCAGCCACUGCAGUGUCCACCAUGGACUCCACUGCCUCGUCGGCUGUCGACUUGACCGCCCCGUCGGUCGGAGAUAUGUCUGCCCCAGCAUUCAUGGAGGUGCAUUCCGGCAAGCCUGAGCUUAAAGACCCUAACAGUCAGUCGGUUCCACCUUUAUCCUCGACCCCCAUAACAGCACUGGGUAAAGAUGGCGUCAUACAUGCCAGCAAAGAGCACCUGCUGUCUUCCACUCCUUUACACAAAGCCCCAUGCAUCACUGACCCACUUUUAGCCAGUGCUGAAGAACCUCCAGAGAUAGUCCAGGAUGCGGUUGAGCCAUUGACGGAUUCUACCCUUCCUGAGAUGAAUGACACUGGUAUUUUACCUAUAAAAGAGUCAGCUGCUCCCCCUGCCCCUUCAUUGGACUCCUCUGCUCCCCCUGCUCCUCAAACUGUGCCCGCCUCCUUAUUGAUCUGCACCACACCCAUCAUUGAGCCCCUGCCUAGCUCCACAUUAGAAUCCCCAAACCCCUUAAGUAAUGACAUUGACAAUAUCGCCCUGGAACUUGACCCAGCUUUGCCAGAGGACACUUAUGCCACUUCAGCGGACUCCCCUACUCCAUCUAUGCAUGACAGUCUCCCUCCAUCCCCUGCUCCCUCUCCUGUUCCUAUAACAGACAGUUCCAACAGUUCCACUGACCCUCCACCCUCCAUUAGUACACACUCUGGCAUUCCCAUCCAGUUAGAAAUAGUAGAUGAAUCUCCACCCCCUCCUCUGACUGUCAUAGACACUGUACCAGAUUCAGCUCCUCCCCUUGUCUUAGAUACAGUACCAACUUUUGUCACAGAUUCAGGCUCUACAGAAGCAACCCCCCCCUCUCUAGUGGACUGCACCGUCUCCUCCCCCAUAGACUCUGGUGUCCUCCCCAUCAGGGACAGUGCCAGCACAGAAAACAACACUGUCAACGGCGUGGAGUCGUCGUGAUCUAGUGUUGCAGCCAGGAAAAGAAGCUUUACGGUUGCACCAGGAGGCAGCCCACAUCAUAUGAAUACCUGUGGAAGAAGGAAGGGGGUAAGGGGGUUGUGUGUGGCAAGAACUGUCCUGCUCAGACUUCAGGAACUUAAUGAAGACUGUCCCCACCUGGAGUUGCGUAGACAUGUCUUACAAAGUUGUUGUACGUUUCUCGGUGUCCCCACCACCCCCCUCUUUCCUGCAUUUAGCCAAUAAAUGAGACCACGCAAGCGAGAGAGUGCCAGAGGCUGGUUUGUGACAAUGUGACAGUAUCUUCUGCUCUUUUUGAAUGUCACUGGAAAUCACCAGCCUAUAAACUACUUUGAUGUAAAUGAAUGGGAAAUCACUGUCUGUCAUUUUAAAGAGACUUACAACUAUACCCACAAUCACUGAGACGUGUCAUCAGGACUGGUGAAAAAUGCAAUGAUGCUAAAAACAAACAAACAACAAAAAAAUCUAAUCACUGGUACUUUUGCUCAAGUAAAAUGUCCAUCUAACAUAUUUGUAAAAGAAAAAAAAAUCGCCUUACCUGUGUGGACAAGAAGAUCUGAAUGUUACAAAGUACUUUUUGCUGUUAUAGAGGUAAACAAUACAAAUUGGAAUUACUUUUCUAAAUACAAUGCCAAAAACUUCUCUGACCAAAAUUAAAUGUAGACAUAGUGCCAAAACAUUAGCAUUGACACAGUAUUUUGGGAAAUACUGUUUAGUGCAGUCCCCUGCCAUAGACUGUAUGUGGAUUAAACUGAAUCAGAUGAUCAGUUUCAAAAGACUUUGAUUAUUUCUCAAAUUAUAAAAGUCUGUGUCAUCAUUUAAAGAAUUAGAAUUGAAAGAUGAGAUUGAGCUAAAUAACUUUAGUCAACAUGUGGUUCACUGUAUGAACAGUGACAUUGGCGUAAAGAAUGACCCAUUUUUUUGUUGGUCUGAAGAAAAUUUUAUUUUUCCAAUCGUUUCAGUCAAUGAAAUUUCUGGUAUGCAAAUGCUUUUAUUUGUAAAUGUGAUAUUGUAAGUAAAUGCAAAAUUAGUUGUUGAGCUUGAUUCAUUUAAAAAAAAAAAUUCAAAGUAUUAUUUUGAACAAUCUCCCAUGGCGUGCCCUUAUUGUAUAAAGCUAUACUUCAUUCUAACAGUAUUUGUGGCACCUCAGUGUGGUGGCACCUCAUUAUUUGCAGUGGGGACAAAGCAUGAAAAUAAUUGUGAACCUGUCAGCAAAAACAAACUAGCAAACCUUAAAAAAACAACAAAACACACACACACACACACACACACACACACACACACACACACACACACAAGCUAUUUUUUAAAAUGAAACCCAUGGGUGACAAAAUGUUUGAUGUGAUUGCCAACUGUCACAACAUAACCUUUUUCAGUGUGUUUUCCAAAUCAUGUUCUGGCAUUAACAUAGUUCAUGUAUGUUAAUGUGUUCAUACAGUACACAUGCACAACUAAGUUUACCUAAAAGAAAAAAUGCAAUAUUUUGUGCAUUUGUCAAAAUGACAUUUUAGAAUACAGGUCAAAUCCUUAUUUAUAGAUAAACCUAUUCAUAAUCUUAAAUUGACAGACUCUUGCUAAAGGAGGCACUUUUUCUUCCAAAGUCCAUGUCCAUCUAUGGACAGCAUUAUACUUGACUUAAAUAUGUGUGUAACUUAGUUGUAGUUACAUACUUCAUACAUUGGAGGUUGUUUUGUCUAAGAAAGAUGUGUGAUUAUGGAUAGACCACUGUUUACAACAAUCCUCAUAAUAAUAAUAAUAAUAAUGAUGAUAAGUAAUAAUAAUAAUUACACUGUACUGUAAAACCUUAGAGCCAACUGAAUGAUGUCUUUUCAUUUCAAAUGUGAUAAAACUCUCUCACAGUAUAUCAUAUUACAUUUAUCCAGGGAGUAUUUGUGAUCUAUUAAGGUGUCAUUCAGGAGUCAAAGCUGACACUUAACAGACUUAACAGAGAGUUUUUCUGUCAUUCUCACCAUCUUAUGGUACACUUAUGAAGAACCUUACAGGUACUUCACUCACCUAAAUUCUCUUUUUGUUUUUAUCUAAGUCAGAUGUGCACUGACAAAGGCUACAGCACAUAUCUUUUGCUAUCUUGAAUGACUGGCCAAACCUGUUUUUUUUUUCCUUAAAUGAAGCUUGACUCAAAGUAUGAAAGCUCUAUUUUUGAUUGAAUCUGGAUGCUCUUUUAAGAGAUCAUCAAGUCAACCAACUUCCAUUUAUUGUUAGAUUCGUAAGAACAUUUAAUGUCUAACAUACAUAUGCCUUGCUGCUAAGCCUCAAAGCACAAUGCCCUGCAAUCAUGUGAUGUCAGAUUUGAUGGAGCUUGGCAUCUUGACAGUAAAAAAAAAAAAAAAAAAGAAUGAAAGAAAAAAAGAAAAAGAAAAAAAAAGGGAAAAUGGAGUGGGAUUUUGAAUACAAUACCAGAAAUUACUAGUUAUAUAUUAAUUUUUACAGUAGACCCACAUGUAAUAUACUUUGUGGAACAGGGUGUUGAGCCUGGAUUUAAUAAGUAAUUCUUGGCAUCUGCAGUAUAGAGUGGGUUGACUGCAGUGGUCAGUAGCUUCACAUUACUCCGAGUUCUCGUUGUCUGUGAGUGUUGGUCUCUGUGUCUAUGUGUGCGUAUUGCAGAUGUUGAACUGUGUAUCACCCUAAACUCCAUGCAACACCAGUGUAAAGACAAUGACACAGCACAAUACAACCAGAGACUUCUCUGAGAUCUGUUGCUUCCACUCUCACAACUCCCCAUGCAGCUGUUUAUAGUGCUGAUGGGAGCUCUGACAUCAUUCUUAGUAAGCAUUUGGUUCCAUUUUAUUUGAAGUAAAAUGAAAGUAAAAAAAAAAAUCAAUGAAAGCAAUCCAAAGCAAUGUAAGCACCAGCUAUAGGGUCGACAGGCAGACACUCACUAGUGGAAAAGCAAAAAAAAAAGAAUGGGUUUUGUCUUUGUAAGUAAUUAAUGUGUGGAAACACCCAGGUUCGAUAACAUGAAAGAUCCCGGAUCAUAAUAUGGAUGGACUGGUGAAUAGUUUUGGUAAAUAAGAGCCUCAGAGACAUGAAGUCCCCAGUGUACACAUUUCAGGUUUUGCUCCUCUCAACCGUGCGACUCAGAAUCUCUUGACGGGAGAUUUGAAUGAAUGUAAAAACCAUGGAUUGUACCAUUUAUAAUUUCCAAAUGUUUGGUUUCAUUUUGUUUUUGUUUUAACAGACAUAAUGCACUUGUAUAUAAGCCAUACCUGUUGUUAAAAUAAACCACUAUUUAUUGAUCAAC